GUGGGUCAGGCUUUGCAGAAACUGCAAUUGCUAAGCAGCGAAGAAAUACGGAAACGGCUUCAAGAUAAGCGGCAAGAUUUUUUGAAAGCUGUGAUGACAGUCUGGUCUGCUACCACUGAGGUCUAUCUGCUCCUGAGCUUUCUGGUGCAGAAUUGCUUUGUCUUUGGCGACAUCAUGCAGCUGCCAAACUUCUUGACCUGCGCGGCGGCCAACUUUGUAUUCAAGGAGCUGCGGAAACCAGGGGUGCCAUUGACGCCACACUGCAUGCAGCGCUUCACACUGGUCAUGACUGGUGCUACCCUGGUCUUCACAGUGGCUGGCCGCAGAAGGGUGGAGGCUGCUGUCCUGUAUGGCCAGGUUGGUCUUCCAAGAGAGCUUCUACCUGCUGGGUACAUAGCCCGCAUCAUUUUGUGUGCUUUGUCGGGCAACGCUGAGUUCGCCACCAAGGUGAACGUGGCGAUGGCUCCGUUCUUCGUGCUAUCGCACUUUUUGCAAGCCGAUCCCGACCCAUCGAUGUUCAUGCUGGUGAAUGAAAUCAUUGCAGUUUCCCUUAUGGGCAUGGCAGUUUCCAUUUUCGACAGCAAGGAGUAUCAGAUAGAAGUUGCGGCACUGCAACUAGAGGAGAAGGCAGAAACGGUGGAGCAGUUGAGGGCCGCCGAGAUCUCGGGCUAUGCCGUGAAGCGGUUGCUGUCGGUCACCUGUGACGCCAUCGUUCGGCUGAAUGACGAAUUGAGAGUAGCGGAGCCGGGCCGCAGCCUUGCAGAUUUGCUGAUGUGCGGUUUGGGCUUCAAGAACAACAGCCUUGAAGGUGUCAGCUUCCUUCGCUAUGUGGCGCCAAAUGACCAUGGGAGGCUGCGUGACUUCAUCACCGAAUCCUCCAAGGAUGAUACCACACCACGGUCCCUCAAUCUCCAGUUGAGGGACUCUAACGGUAUCGCCUUUGAUUGCGAGAUCUUUCAUGUCUGCGUGCCCGGCUUGACGAGCCAGCGGGAGCAUUUAGUUGGGAUCACUCAGGCAUGUGCGGAUCGACCAGUCGAGAACCGAGACGUCGACGAAUUUAAGGCUGCCUGGCUAAGAGAAGAUUUCAAUGAGGCAAUGGAUACCAUCAAUGAACUUCCAUGCUCCCAACAGCCAGACAUGCGCCACAUCUUGGGCUACACUUUGAAGCAAGGCAAGCCGGCAUCGCUCCAAGACUCUGCAGAGACCGCCAGCGAGUCGAAUAGUAGUGGCAGCGCUUCAACGAAACGACAAUAUGUCCGCCUUCGAAGUCUGGAUCGCGUGAACUGUGUGGUGAGGCUACAGCCUGAAGUGGACAGGCUCAAGGCCUUCAAGGAUGUUCAAGGUCCAAAGUUCUACUUUGACUGGCUGCGAAUUGUACAACUGCAUCUCAAUGCUGCAAAGGGAAAGCUAGCAAAGCAGGUGCCACUCUCCGAAAUCCGAAUGUUUUCCCCGUCAGCCACUGCUGCGUCUUUGUUGGUCGGAGACAGCCGCGUGGUUGGUGUGGAGGACAGCCAUCAAAGGUGGAUGACAGCUGCAGUCUGGUUUUGCUCGCAGGAUUUGCAUUUCCUCCAACAGUUUGGGGUGCAGGACAGGUACGCUUCUGAAUAUCGAGAUGCGCCAUCUACUCGCUCGCUGAGUCAGAUGCAGGAACUGGACCAUGGUCAACUGGUUGCCUUGCAGCGUGAGUCUAGUUUGCUUUCCAAGCUGUCUAUUUUCCAUUUGGCAAUUGAUUGCAUGGAGUGGUCAAAUUCCUUGCAAGAGCAGCCAUCUCUCAUCACCGAGGCUUUGAUCUUCUGGUGGCUACUCGUGACUCGAGACCUCUUGUGGCUUUUGGGCCGCGUGACUCUGAGAAGUCAAGACCACCGUACCAACCCAGAAGAAAAAG